GACCAUCUGGAUGUCUAUAUUGUUCUAACAAUAGAUCCCAUUUCGGAGGCUUGGGCUGACCAUGAUCGACACUUCAGAAACCUAGAAACAUAAAGUUCUCAUUCUGCCUCAUUGUACUACUUUCCUUCUGAAUCAUAUAUUUUGCUUCUUCGCCUUUUGGAAAUCAUGCUUUCGCUUGUCCAUCUCGCCAUUAUUGCAGGAGCUUUGUCUCUUUCGGUCAGAGGGGCCGCCGUUCUCGAUGGACGACAACUCAGAGGGCCAGGACCCGUCAAUCCUGGAAGUUCCCAUCCUACUAUCAGUACCGAAUCUAUCUCCUCUACGACAGAUAUCCUUCAUUUCAGUAGCUUCAGCACUGAAGCCGCCAGUACUCAGUCUACAGUGCAGGCCACUACCAACUCUUCUACGGGUAUUACCCAAGAGUCGAGCCACAGUCUUCCUCAAGCUACAAGGGGACCAAAGAUUUUCACCCCACCUCUUUUCACCCCUCUUCCCAUCGGUACGGCGUCGGUGAAAAGGCCUAUUGGAGGAGAACAAGGUGCCACGGUAGAAGUUAACGGUACUACCACAGCAGGAAGUCCUGUCGCAACAGACGCGACUGCGACGGCACUGCAGCUAGCUGGGCCGGUCUUCACUAAGCCGAUCAUGAGUGAAGAUUUGACUCCUAAGGAAACCACUGCAACCCUCCUUACCGCCUCUGCCGUCAACUAAUGUAUUUUCCUUCGUUAUCUUUUAGUAGUUGCUUCAAUCCUCCUAUCCAUUCCUUAAAGUUUACCGAUAUUUAUUCCAAUUUCAAGUCAAGAUCGUUCAUAAUAAGCAGGCUUCUUGUUAUCAUUUCGUAUCUACGUCGUAGAUAGAACGACAUUUCAGGACUUAGGAGAAACGCGAGUUGAAGAUUGACCUUGUGCAAAGUUAAAUAAUAUGAGAUGAUGUUUCCCUGCUGCAGUGACAGUGUUUGAUGGACAAGGUCUUAAAUCUUU